AUGAAUGGAGGCGACAAUACCACUCCUCCCGAACCAAGGCCAAUGACUCAGGAGGCACCUGUUAACUCUUCCUUGCGGCCUUUGAACCCUUCCCCGUCGUCAGUCCUUCAUCAUCCACUAGGACCAGUGAGCCUUUCUCCAUCAACUACUUUGAAUGUGAACAGAAGAACUCAAGGCGAAAGCAUUGAAACUUUAAGCGGACACUACAAGAGUAUUUCAAUGGACACCGGUCUCAACGACUUCUUGAACAUACCGGUUUCUUCUGGUUAUAUCUCCUCUACCAGUUUGGUUGAUGGAGAUGACAAUACUUUUGACCUCGGGUUUGCGGAAGACGUGUACACUGCUAAUGAAUUGGAGAAGAUUUCAAAGUGUCCCAAACUUUCAAAGAUUCAAAAUGAUCCUAAGAAAGUCAGAAGGUUUGCGUGA